AUGGAGGAUUUUUCUGUCAAUCUCAUGGUCUUAAGAGUCAUCAUUUCUUGCAUAGGACUUGUGGGUAAUGUAUUUCUAAUCCUUUCCACCAUUCAGACCAAGUUCUCCAGAGUGAAGUCCUUUGAAUUGUUUCUACUGGGACUGGCUGCGGCCAACUUGGAGGAAAUUCUCAUCGUGAACAUCUAUGAUAUUGUCAUCCAUGAGAUUUCCUCCUCCAUCGCCGACACUUGGAUGUGUCGCUCAUUCAAGUUCCUGACUGUGUUUGGUGAAACUACCAGCAUCCUCUUCACUGUCCUCAUCAGCAUCUUCCGCUACCAGAAGCUGAGAGACGCCAGUACGAGGGUCAACCUCCCAAUCUGCAUGGACAGCAUCAGGUCAGCCUUGAUGGUGAGCGGGGUUUGUGUGAUAUUCUCCGUGCUAUUCAGUCUCCCCAUUUUAGUCAUGCACCUGCAAAGCCCAGCGGGAAACAACACAAGAAACACAGUCGGCUGCCCCCCAGACUUCUUUCAGUGUAGUAGAAAUCAUUGUCCCAAACUCAACCGCUUCUACAAGUAUGUGUUCCUCAUGAUAUGCAACCUGCUGCCUCUGAUCAUCGUCACAGCCACCGGCUGCCUCAUCAUCAAUGUGCUGCUGAGCCAGAGGAAGACUGUGACACCAGGGGUGAACGUGAGUGGGUCGAGCCAGUCCAGCAGGAAGAGUAAAGGUCUGGGGUUUCAGCGAAGCACGGUAGCUGUACUGGCUGCCAUGGGGUUGUUCCAGGUAGACUGGACUCUCUACCUGAUCUUCCAUCUGAGUUUCAGCCCCACUGACCUUCCUUUUUGGGCUGAAAUGGAGUUCUUUAUCUCAAUUUCCUACACAUCCAUCAGUCCAUAUGUGUACGGGAUAGGGAAUAACCUGUUCAAUCUCAAGAACUGUAUAAAAAGGUAA